AUGUAUAAACAAUAUUUAUUCGUCUGUCUCUUGCUAGCAUUAGCUGUUUGUGAAGGAGGAUAUUAGAAUGUCAAAAUUAAGGAAUUUAUGAGUCAGAAUAAUGAAAUUUUCACCCACAUCAACGAAAUCCUAGAUGAUGAAGCUGGCCCAGAAUACUUCCUUUGGAAAAUAGAAAGCGUUUAAUAGCAAAUAGUUUCAGGAAUCAACUACAAAAUGGUCGUUGACUAUUAAAAAAAAGACGACCCUAACCAACUUUCAUAGUAAUUUAAUUUAAGACCAUGGACUAACACUCGCAAAGUGACUAGCAUGGAAUCAAAAAACCUUAGAGUUGAUAACAAAAAGUCAAGCAAUUUCAAAUAUCAUGGUUGGGUCGAUCUUGAUGCCUAAUAAUUUAAUACAAAAUACCCUCAAAUCUAAACAUUAUUGCUCUCAAAAUUGAUACCCAAGUUUGACUUAGAAGACAAUACUUCCAUAAUGGAAAUAUAAUCAGUCAAAGAAUAAUUUAUAGCUGGCAAAACCUAUUUAAUAUUUGUACAAUUAUCAGAUGGUAAAAAGUAUAAAGGAACAUUGUAUGAAAAUCCAUGGUCGAAGAAAAUGGAAGUGGUAACAGUGGAACUAGAGGAAGAGGAGUGA